ACUACUGUUGUAACAUCCACCUCUAGUGAAGCAGAAACAUCUACAACAACAGAGCCCUCCACAAUCACAACAACUCCUGCAGAAACAUCUACCACUAGUACAGCAGAAACAUCUACAACAACAGAGACUUCCACAUUCACAACAGCUCCUGCUGAAACAUCCACCACUAGUACAGCAGAAACAUCUACAACAACAGAGACUUCCACAUUCACAACAGUUCAUGCUGAAACAUCUACCACUAGUGCAGCAGAAACGUCUACAACAACAGAGCCCUCCACAAUCACAACAAGUCCUGCAGAAACAUCUAUCACUAGUACAGCAGAAACAUCUACAACAACAGAGACUUCCACAUUCACAACAACUCCUGCAGAAACAUCCACCACUAGUGCAGCAGAAACAUCUACAACAACAGAGCCCUCCACAAUCACAACAACUACUGCAGAAACAUCUACCACUAGUGCAGCAGAAACAUCUACAACAACAGAGCCCUCCACAAUCACAACAACUACUGCAGAAACAUCUACCACUAGUGCAGCAGAAACAUCUACAACAACAGAGCCCUUCACAAUCACAACAACUCCUGCAGAAACCUCUAUCACUAGUACAGCAGAAACAUCUACAACAACAGAGCCCUUCACAAUCACAACAACUACUGCAGAAACAUCCACCACUAGUGCAGCAGAAACAUCUACAACAACAGAGCCCUCCACAAUCACAACAACUACUGCAGAAACAUCUACCACUAGUGCAGCAGAAACAUCUACAACAACAGAGACUUCCACAUUCACAACAGCUCCUGCAGAAACCUCUAUCACUAGUACAGCAGAAACAUCUACA